UUACGGCUCCGAUCGCCGCGUCGCGCGCCAACUACGACACACCCACCGAGAAACUUACGCGCGCGCUCGGAUGACGUAAGUAGCGCCGUCUUUGCUGAAAACAGUCCGAGGCUCUGACCGGCGUCACAAACAGAACAGCCAUGAACUGGAACAAAGGUGGUCCAGGUGUGAAGCGAGGCUUUGGGUUUGGAGGAUUUUCCCUCGCGGGGAAAAAAGAGGAGCCUCCGCUUCCUCAGAACUCCCACACAUCGUUCGGGCCGACAGGAUCGGGUGGUGGAUAUGGGAAGAACCAGCAGCUCCCGUCGUUCUACAAAAUUGGGACAAAAAGAGCAAAUUUUGAUGAGGAAAAUGCGUAUUUUGAGGAUGAUGAAGAGGAGUCCGGCAGUAAUGUGGAUCUGCCUUACAUCCCAGCUGAGAACUCACCAACACGGCAGCAGAUGCAGUCUGGUGGUGGCUCAGACAGUGAAGACGAUCCACUAGAUGCCUUCAUGGCAGAGGUUGAGAACCAAGCAGCUAAAGACAUGAAGAAACUAGAGGAAAAGGAAAAAGAGAAGAAGUCAGCCAAGGGUAUUCGUGAUGACAUUGAAGAAGAAGAUGAACAAGAAGCCUAUUUCCGCUACAUGGCAGAGAAUCCCACAGCCGGCCUGACACAAGAGGAAGAGGAUGAAAACAUUGACUAUGACAGUGAUGGGAACCCAAUCGCCCCUACUACCAAGAAAAUCAUCUUGCCUCUUCCUCCCAUUGACCACUCUGAGAUUGAUUACCCGCCAUUUGAGAAAAAUUUCUACAAUGAGCAUGAAGAACUCAGCAACCUGACAGGAACUCAAGUGUUGGAGUUAAGGCAUAAGCUGAACUUGAGGGUAUCUGGUGCCGCACCUCCAAAACCCAGUACUAGUUUUGCUCAUUUCACCUUUGACGAGCAGCUAAUGCACCAAAUCCGCAAGUCUGAGUACACUCAGCCCACGCCGAUUCAGUGUCAGGGCGUGCCCAUAGCUCUGUCUGGACGUGACAUGAUUGGUAUUGCAAAAACCGGCAGUGGUAAAACUGCUGCUUUCAUCUGGCCCAUGCUGGUUCACAUCAUGGACCAAAAGGAACUGGAGCCAGGAGAAGGGCCCAUCGCGGUCAUUGUGUGUCCCACCAGAGAGCUCUGUCAGCAGAUCCAUGCAGAAUGUAAACGAUUCGGGAAAGCCUACUCAUUGCGUUCUGUGGCAGUUUAUGGAGGAGGCAGCAUGUGGGAGCAGGCCAAAGCUCUGCAGGAAGGAGCUGAGAUUGUGGUGUGCACUCCGGGUCGUCUGAUUGAUCAUGUUAAAAAGAAGGCCACCUCCCUGCAAAGAGUGACGUACCUGGUGUUUGAUGAGGCAGAUCGCAUGUUUGAUAUGGGCUUUGAAUAUCAGGUCAGAUCUAUUGCUAGCCACGUCCGCCCUGACCGACAGACCCUUCUGUUUAGCGCUACUUUCCGAAAGAAGAUUGAGAGACUGGCCAGAGACAUCCUGGUAGAUCCUAUUCGUGUGGUGCAGGGAGACAUUGGAGAGGCUAAUGAGGAUGUGACUCAAAUGGUGGAGCUGCUGCCCAACGGGACAGAUAAAUGGAGCUGGCUGACCCGCCGGCUGGUCGAGUUCACCUCCUCCGGCUCAGUCCUCAUCUUUGUCACUAAGAAGGCAAACUGUGAGGAACUGGCUACUAACCUGACCCAGGAGGGCUACAGCCUGGGCCUACUGCAUGGAGACAUGGACCAGAGUGAGAGGAACAAGGUCAUCAGCGACUUCAAGAAAAAGAACUUGCCUGUUCUAGUGGCCACUGAUGUAGCCGCUCGUGGUCUGGACAUCCCAUCCAUCCGUACAGUGGUGAACUAUGACGUGGCGCGAGACAUUGACACGCACACACACAGGAUUGGUCGAACUGGUCGUGCUGGAGAGAAGGGAGUGGCUUACACUCUCCUCACUACCAAAGACACCACAUUUGCCGGUGACCUUGUGAGAAAUCUAGAGGGAGCUAAUCAAUCCGUUUCCAAAGAACUGAUGGAUUUGGCCAUGCAGAAUCCAUGGUUCAGGAAAUCCCGAUUCAAGAGUGGUAAAGGAAAGAAGCUGAAUAUUGGUGGAGGUGGUCUUGGUUACAGAGAGAGACCUGGCCUCGGCGCUGACAUUUCUGAACGCAGCAGCAGCAGUAGUUUGUUGUCUUCCACUAGUAGCUACGAAGGCUACAGCAAACCAGCCACUGGGGCAAUGGGAGAUCGCAUGUCUGCGAUGAAACAAGCCUUCCAGGCUCAGUACAAGAGCCACUUUGUGGCUGCAUCCAGUGGCCCUCCAAAGCUCAGCACCAAGUCCAGCAGCUCGUCAGGCUGGACCAGUGCCGGCAGCCUGAGCUCUGUGCCGACAGAGGCCGCCAAUGGUUCAGAACGAUCCCAGGGCAUCACCAUGUCCAUGUCCAUGCCCAUGCCCGGCUUCACCAGCGCUGGCUCCCUGAGCUCAGUGCCCGCCAUUCAGACCAGUUCACAGCACAGCUACCCACCGCCUGCACCUCCCUCACAGAGGGAUAGCUCACGGGACAGACACGGGGAGGACCGGGGCCGCCACGGAGACAGUUACCACCGCCACAGUGACAGAAGUGAUCGUCACAGCGGGGAGGAUCGCUACGGAGACCGGGAUCGCCAUGGAGACAGAGAUCGGGACCGCUACGGGGACCGGGAUCGGCACAGCAGCAGCCGCCACAGCGAUAGUCGUAACGGAGAUGGAAGCAGGAGGGACAGAGAGGAUCGGAGGAGUGAAAGGGAUGGGGGAGAGAGGGGGAGCGCAGAGGGGAGAGACAGAGGAGAUGAUAGCUUCGCUGUCCCUGAGCCACCAAAACGUAGAAAGAGCAGGUGGGACAACUAAAGAAAAACGCAGCAGUAGAAUAUGUGGAAACAACUGCUCCAUGAUGAGCUUGUCUCUUGGUAGGCAGAUAGCAGAGCAUAUCAGGCUGACACAAGCACAGGACUGUAAGGGAUAAUUUGUGGACUUUUAAUAAUAAAUGUUUACCGACGCUCCUGUCAGGUUGGUUAGGGCCUCGUGAUUUGGUCAGACCUCAACAGAGUGUGUCAGACAGAUCAACACAAGCAGCUCAGAGACAGCCACUGUACAUAUACCAUGAAGACUGUUGUUAUUGUAAGUCAAUAGGAUUGAGCAAUAGUGCUGUAAUGAAUCCUGCUGUCAGUGAACAAUUCAAAGUUAGGUUGUGUUGGUUGUUGUCUUGUUUCUUCUCACUGAGUUACAAACAUGCUUUUGUGCUUGUAAAACUGAUGAUUUCUUUUGGAUCUUUGCCAAGUGUGUUUGCAUUUUCUAAGUGUCCAAAACUAACUCUUAAAACUUUGAUUUUUGAACGCGCUCUGUGACGAUUCACAGACAUGCAUACAUGUCAAAAUCUCUGUGUAUCUCUUUGUGUCUUGUAUUCAAGUUUUAGUGAAGUGCCUUUCCUUGGCAUUUAGUCUCUUUGCUUUUGAGAUGUUUUUCAAAUAGAUGCAUCUGUUUGUAUGAGGACUUCAAGUGUUCAUUCAAACAUGGAAAAUGUAAAGGUUUGAUUAAAAAAGACUCAUUUGGCAUCUA